CCGCCGCCACCGGAGCCCCCCAGGAAGCCGCGCGUGGACCCGCGGCGGCGCCAGGCUGCCCUCUCCUUCCUCACCAACAUCUCGCUGGACGGACGGCCGCCGCUGCAGAACGAGGAGUGGGGCGGCGGCGAGGAGAGCGGCGCGGUCAAGGCGGGCGGCGGCAGCGUCUGCGGCGCGAGGACCCGCCUCAGCCUGCUCGCCGCCGCCGAACGCGGCGGCUGCACCACGCUCGCGGCGGCGACGUUUGCGGGUGGACCCGGCCCCUGCGUCUCGCAGCCUUUGCUGCUGCCGCCCCUGUCCCCGGGCGUCUAUGCGACUGUGUCUGGCCCGGCGGCGGCCCGGGGGUUCGCCAGCCUCCUCGGCGCGGGCCGGGCGUCAGGCGAGCAGCCGCAGCUGCCCGACGAGCCCGGGGGCACCGAUCAGGAGGAGGACGAUGCCUUUACGAGCGUGCAGGUGCCGGCGGCCGCCUUCUUGGGCUCCGGGACCCCCGGGACUGGGAGCGGCAGUCGGGGCCGCCUCAACUCGUUUACUCAGGGAAUUCUGCCCAUCGCCUUCUCCAGGCCCACCUCGCAGAACUACUGCGCCCUGGAGCAGCCGGGUCAGGGGGGCAGCACCAGCGCCUUCGAGCAGCUGCAGAGGUCCCGACGUCGUCUCAUCUCCCAGAGGUCUUCCUUGGAGACACUGGAAGAUAUUGAAGAGAAUGCCCCUCUACGGAGAUGUCGAACUCUCUCAGGUUCGCCCAGACCAAAGAAUUUUAAGAAGAUUCAUUUUAUCAAGAACAUGCGGCAACAUGAUACCAGGAACGGCAGAAUAGUCCUUAUCAGUGGCAGAAGAUCCUUCUGUAGUAUCUUUUCAGUGCUGCCGUACCGUGACAGUACCCAGGCCGGGGAUUUGAAGUUGGAUGGAGGGAGGCCAUCGGCAGGCGCCAUGAGCUUGAAAGAGAUCAUCGGUCUGGAGGGCGUGGAGCUGGGCGCUGACGGGAAGACUGUUUCUUAUACCCAAUUUCUGUUACCCACAAAUGCCUUCGGGGCCCGCAGAAACACCAUAGACUCCACGUCCUCUUUCUCCCAGUUUCGGAACCUGAGCCACCGCAGCCUCUCCAUCGGACGGGCGAGCAGCACCCAGGGGAGCCUCGACGCAGGUAGUGACCUGGGAGACUUCAUGGACUAUGAUCCCAAUCUCCUGGACGACCCACAGUGGCCUUGUGGCAAGCACAAGCGAGUUCUGAUCUUCCCCUCGUACAUGACCACAGUCAUUGACUACGUGAAGCCCUCAGAUCUCAAGAAGGACAUGAACGAGACCUUCAAGGAGAAGUUUCCGCACAUUAAGUUAACACUUAGCAAAAUAAGGAGUCUGAAGCGAGAGAUGCGGAAGCUUGCUCAGGAGGACUGUGGCUUUGAGGAGCCCACUGUGGCCAUGGCCUUUGUCUACUUUGAGAAGCUGACCCUCAAGGGAAAGCUAAACAAACAGAACCGGAAGCUUUGUGCUGGAGCGUGUGUGCUGUUAGCAGCCAAAAUUGGAAGUGACCUCAAAAAGCACGAAGUCAAGCAUCUGAUUGAUAAACUGGAAGAGAAGUUCCGGCUGAACAGACGAGAGCUGAUCGCCUUUGAGUUUCCAGUGUUAGUGGCCUUAGAGUUCGCCCUUCAUCUGCCGGAGCAUGAAGUCAUGCCCCACUACAGACGCCUGGUCCAGAGCUCCUAGCACAGGCCC